UUUACGCCUAAAAUAUAUAUAAAUUACACGUGAAAGAGGGAUUGAACUCGGGUUUAUUGUGCUAAAAACAUGUAGAAUUAACCACCAAGAUACAUAUCUUAUUUGGUAGUGUAGACGAAACUUAAUAAUAUAACAUAUCAUGGCAUGUCAAAAAUAAUUGGGUAUUUUUAACUCUGAUUAUAUGAUAUGAAACUAGAGACAAACACAAGCAUAUUCAUAUAUUCAAAUCACAAAUCCAUGAAAGAAUUGAAUAUGAAAUCUCAGUUUAAAGUAUAAAAAGUUAAAAACAAGACAAAUAAAAGCUCGAUUGUCGAUGAAAACCAGACCGGGCCGCUUUGCGACCCGGCCACGACGUAGCCCUCGAAAAAUUAAGAACACAGAAAAAAGAAUCGCUCGAUUCCGACAACUCUACUAAAAGUUAUCGCGUUUUAAAGUUUUGCAAAACCCUAUUUCACAUCAAUUUCACGACGUAGGCAAAGUAGAGGCAAGGAGAGAUUAGAACGCUGGAUUAAAUUAGGAAAUAUUCUUAUUAACCCUUAUAAUUUCUAAUUAUUUACGAUUUAUGCCAUCCCUUCUAACAUAAACAAUAGAAUACGCCUCUUCUUCUUCGUGGAAGCUCUUCCUCUUCCAUAAUCUAUGAUUCUCACGAUCUCGGACACACCAUAGAUGUAUGCGUAUGUAACUCUUCUCCUUUGUUCGUUUUUGUGUACCUUCAGAAGAUUAGGGCUUCACAGAUUUUUUGGGACAAGUACCGAGAAAAAUUGCAGAGAAACUGGGCUGCGGCUUGUGAGAACGAUUUCCCUCGUUUUUGCAUCUCUUCUCCUCUUCUUAGCUAUGCUGGACACGUUUUCUACUCCAAAAUGAUGUAACGCUUCUGCUCCUUUUAACUUAAUCGGAACCUGCAAACAAAGACAUGCCACUUUAUAUAUUCUAGUCAAUAAGGCUAUCAAAUACUUAAGUGGAGAGGAGUGUAUUCUUUUUUUGUGUUGGUUCAUAUCCUUAGAACCCGAAGUGGGGAGUUUACUCUUUGGAAGGGGCAAUCUUUUAAUUUUAAAAUGAUUCUUCAGGCACGUGAUCAACCUAUAAGGUCGAUGGUAUGGAGCCACAAUGACAAUUAUAUGGUUUCUGUUCAAGUAUUGGCAGAACAAUAUGAACAACAUUAAAUGAAUCUCUUUAAAUUCACGAUUUAAAGCUGCUCACAAGGAAUCAAUUCACGAUUUAAGAUUUGAAGCUCUUGUUCUGAUGAUAUGACUGUUAAAGUCUGGGAUUUUGCUAAGUGCCAGGAAGUAUGCUCAUUAACCGGGAAAAGAGAUUACAUAGAGUGGGAGAAAAACAUGGAAGAGUGGUUUCACGACCACCACAUUUUGAGAGAGAAGAGAUUAGCUUAUGCUAUUAGCCAACUCACUGGAGACGCUUACAAAUGGUGGGUACAAGAAGUUGAUAAUCGCUGGUAUAACAAGGAGCCAACUAUCACCUCGUGGAGAGAUCUUAAGGAACUACUAAGGAAUAAGUAUGCUCCUAAAGCAUCAAACCGAUCUCGAAAAGCCAAUGUCACAGCCCAAGGGUUAGCAGUUCAAGAAAAGAAAAAAGCCUUAGUCCCAUAUUCGAAGAAAAAUCCCAUAGCAAAAGAACAAUUUGAGGAUGAAGUUCUGAAGAUUCUCAACGCUUACAACAAACCUAAGAAAGCUAAGUGUGUUCUUACUUCUAAUUCAGAAAAAGUUAAGUUUGCUCUUCCUUCUAAAUUUGAGAAAGAUACGUGUGAUCUUUUUGAGAAACCUGAUUUUGUGCUUAAAAAUGAUCAACCUUGUGACAAACUAAUCCUUUCCAAGCCGUUGCAAGCGAGUAGUACUUUUUGUUUUUCACAGGUUCUUGAAGAAAAAUCUCAUGAAGAAGAAUCACCUAAUGAAACGCAAAGGUGUUUGCCUUUGAUUAGUCACUUCGAGCAGCCACCCCAGUUUGUGCCAAAAUCAGUUCUUAUGCCAUUUCCUUGCGAUUACCCAAGAAAGCACUGUAAGGAAAUUGAUUUGGUUAAAACUAAACCUAAUUUGUUUAUGUUGGUUUCUGCUCAAGAUGAAAAAUGUUUUGUUUUUGAAAAUGUGAAGGAGUUUUGUGUUUCAAAAUCUGUUUUUGAUAAAAUGAUUCCAAAUUUUGAAGCAUUUACACUUGAAGAGUUCUUUAAGCAAAAAGGUUUGCUGUUUGAUGACUUUCAUGAAUUUAACUCUUCUUUGAGAAUUUCUUUGUGUAGCAAUGCAUUUGAGCUGUUUAAAAGUAAAGAUGAAUAUGCAAUGGUUAAAGCACUCUAUGAAUUGAAACAUGUGCUUAAAAACGUGUCAUGUGAUUCAAAUCCGUUCAUUGAGCUUUGCAACCCAAUUGUUAAUGAUCAUAUUCUUGAAUUCUCUAUUUCAAGUAUAAUGCAUUUAUUCUGUCCCAUGAGUGCUCAAAAAGGAACAGGAGCUAUGGAGAAGUAUAAGUACUUAGGAGAAGUGACGUCAAGGAAAGACUCAUUCAAGGUUCAACUACAAAACCAUGAUAACUUGAAAGGAGCUGAAGGUGCAUUGAACAUAUUGACAAUCAAGGAAAAGCCACCAGAUUUGUAUCUGCCUCAAUUCCUCCGCAAAGAACGCAAGCAAGGAACCAUGAGCAGGAUUGGAGAAUUAACUCAAGCUGAAGAAGUUCGGGUCCACAAUCAAUUACCUAGAGCUGAAUACAGUAGUGUUAUCAAGGAGAAACCACCAGAUGCUAAACCACCAAUUAAAACCCGAGGUAAUUAUCUAAACUCCCAAAAACGAAUGAAAGCUAAUUUGCUUUCUCUUGGUGAAGGUUGUACAAUUUGGAGACCAAUCAAGAAGACUACUGAUCGGGAGAUAAGCACUCAUCAUAUGAGUCAAUCAAGAGAUCGUCGUGAAGAUUAUCAGAAUCAACAUCGGCUAAAGCACAAAGAAGAACGCAUAGGCAAGCAAUCAAAUUUGUUUGUGAGGGCUAGUAAGGAUUAUGAGGAUAUGCUCUCGGAAGAUAAACCUAUAGGACUACCACCCAUACAUGAUGCAUCUCAAAGCCACGUUUGGAGACCAGGAGAUUAUCUAGGACGUUCAAGUCCUACACCACAUGAGAUUUUGGUCUUUUUACUUCACAUGUUUCCCGAGGAGCCUAAAAUGGAUCUUUCUUCAUUUGGUUCUUUCCAUACCUAUCAAUGGCGACCAGGAGAGUUUUUAGAUACCUUUAGAGAGAACAAUUUGGUCACCAACAAUGCCUUGAUACAAGAAGAACCCCCGGAUCCAACACCACUUCCAUUAAUCUUGAUGAUAUCAAGCACCGAACACACCAUAACCCUUAUUCAGGCAAGUAGCUCUUUAACUCGAUUUGUUUCUCAUGUUUCAAGAACUGUUACGAGGAGUUUAUCACAUUUAGGAAACAUUGAGAAAGAGUUAGAAUUAUUUAAAGAAAAUUUGGAACCAAAUUCUUGUCUUAGAACACAAGUAAAACAUGAACAUUUCAAGGAUAAUGCAUUGAUCAAAGUUGAGCCAUGUUUACUUGUUUAUAGUGAUUCCAUGACUAUGAUAACGCACUUGUUCUUUGCCAAAGCUGUUGAAGAUAUUGCAGGUAUAAAAGAAGAGCCACCAGACUUAGAAAUUCUCUCGUCCAAUCUCUUUGAGAGGACUGGAAUUGGAGUUGAUUUGAUGCCAAAGAUCGAUUAUCCAUUCAAUCGAACAAGAAGAAAAAGCGACAAUGCUUAUGAACUUGAGCUUCAAGGUAAGUAUAAUAUGAGUUCUAGUUUCAAUGAUUCUUACUUGGUUCUUUUCAUUGUAGGUGAAUUGGAUUUGAGGUCAAAUCCUUUUCAAGUGGGAGAGGAUGAUGUGUUCAUGGAAAGCACAAAGGACUUGGAACUUGAUAAAGAGCUUGUACCGGAGGAAGCACCACACGAAUCCGAGGAGCAGCUUGUACCGGAGGAAGUACUAAUCUUCCCGGCGGGUCCUAUAACUCGAUCAAGAUCCAAAAGAUUCAAUCAAGCAAUCAACGGACUACUUAGGGAGCUAGAAAAGAAGCAAGAAGACGUGGCCCAACUCUCCCUUGUGAUGAUCACGGCCCAAGGUGUUCGGUAAAGGGAUAAGUGUUGCUUACGCACUCUUUUUCCCUUGUCAAGUUUUGUCCCAAUGGGUUUUCUUGACAAGGUUUUUAAUGAGGCCUAAGUAACACUUUCAAGCCUGCCUUUAUCAGCCCAAUUCGUGAUCCAAGGCCCAUCACUUUGCCUUGGCCCAUUAUCUUAUUUUUAUGUUCAAACUUUGCAUUUAAUGCCUUUGUAAUUUUCUAGAUACUUUGCAUGAGCUUGCAUGAGUGUGGACUUGUGCAUGCUCGUGCAUGUUCUCUUUCUCCUCUCUUCUCCUUCAUUCUUCUCUUCUUUAUAUUCUCUUUGUAGCUCUCAUUUGCAAACCAUCAAACAUUUUAUCAAAAAUCUCUCUUCUACUUGCUUGA